AUGCACUCCAAGACCCUCGUGCUCGGCCUGUGCGUCGUCGCCUCUGUCAUGCAGACGACCGACGCCCGUGGCGCUCCUGGACUCAUCCCGCGUCGUCAACUUGGUUCGUACAAGGACUACGGACACCACUCGCACAAGCACGACCACCACAAGAAGCAUCACCAUGAUGACAAGGGUCACUACCAUCGUCGCCGCCUUGAAGACGCCAAAGCUACUGAGUCCUCGGACUACAGCUACGGUAAAGACGACUACAAGAAGGACUACUACAAGAAGGACGACUACGACUACAAGGGAUACGGCUACAAAAGCUACGGACACGAUGACUACGACUACAAGGGCUAUGGCUACGGACACGAUGACUAUGACUACAAGGGCUAUGGCUACGGUCACGACGACUACGACUACAAGGGCUAUGGCGUCGGCUAUAAGAGUUAUGGAGAUGACUACGGUGAUGAUUACUACGGCAACGACUACUACAGCUAUGGCAAAGGCUACGGCAAAGACUGCGGCAAAGGCUACAGCAAUGACUACUACAACUACGGCAAGGGCUAUGGCAAGGGCUACGACAGCUACUACCCCGAUUACUACUCGUCGUACGGCGGUGACUUUGGCUUUGGUGGCUACUACCCGGACUAUUACUCGUCGUACGGCGGUGACUUUGGCUAUGGUGGCUACUACCCGGACUACUACUCGUCCUUUGGCUACGGCUAUGGCUACCCUAGCUACGACAACGGCUUCGGCUAUGGCUACCCUAGCUACGACAACGGCUUCGGCUACGGCUACGGCUACGGCUACCCCGGCUACGGCUACGGCUACUCUGGCUACGAGUCUGCUUCAGGUGCUGGUGCUGGCAAGCAGGAAUCUGUGACGGUGUCUACGGACAAUGCCAAAAGCGAGUCGGCAAAGAAGGAAAACACGACGUCGGAGUCGUCGUCGAAGUCGAAGUCGAAUUCGAAACCAAAGGAAGCCAAGUCCGAUGCUGCGGACAAGUCGAAGAACAAGUGA